UGUGUGAGCAUUUUGUCUGCUGAACUGCGGCGAUGCAUCAUUGAACAAGUCAUUGCGCACGUUGCGUGUGAGGAGUUUGUACGUUACGGGGAUUGUUGAGAAACGGUAUUAAAAUUUUUAUAUCUCGGAAUUAUUUUUUGACGAGGACGUUUCCAUCAAAUCAGCUUGAACGGAUUGAAAUGUUACAGUUUAGGUCCUCGGUAGUGUUGAAGGAGUUGUUUCGUUCCAGCCUCAAGCGUCCAUUGACAAGUAUUAGCAGAAAUAAGGCGUCAUCACCCGUCUUCUACAGCUUCAGUACCGCUUGUCCCGAUGUCAAUGUGGUAUCAAAAGUGAAGUCCUUCCAUGCAGGAAGACACCGGCCAUGGCUGCGCCCCCCAGCCGGAGUCCGAGCGCUGUGCACGAAGACCGAAGGCGCGGUAGUUGCCGGUGAUGGAGGCAGCGGUGAGCCGUCGGGCGAGAAGAGAAGGAAAGCGGGCAUCCUGCCCAGUCUCGAGGACCUGCUUUUUUACACCAUUGCUGAAGGCCAGGAGAAAAUUCCGGCACACAAAUUCGUCUCGGCGCUGAAGGCCACAGGCCUGCGGACGGGGGACCCCAGGCUGAAAGAAUGCAUGGACAUGCUGAAGGUGACCCUCAAGUCCACCUCAGACGGAGUCAGCCUGGACCGACACCUCUUCAAGAAGUGCGUGCAGAGCAACAUCGUCCUCCUGACCCAGGCCUUCCGCAAGAAGUUUGUCAUCCCCGACUUCCAGCCCUUCUCCUCUCAUGUCGACAAGCUCUACGAAAGUGCCAAGCAGCUCUCGGGCGGUCAGGUGGCUGAUUAUAUCCCCCAGCUGGCCAAGUUCAGCCCUGACCUGUGGGCUGUGUCUCUGUGCACAGUGGACGGGCAAAGGCACACGGUGGGCGACACCAAGGUCCCCUUCUGCCUGCAGUCAUGCGUGAAGCCGCUGAAGUAUGCCAUCGCCGUGCACGACCACGGCACCGAAUAUGUGCACCGCUUCAUCGGCAAGGAGCCCAGUGGCCUGCGCUUCAACAAGCUCUUCCUGAACGAGGACGAUAAACCCCACAAUCCCAUGGUCAAUGCUGGUGCCAUUGUGUGCACCUCUCUUAUAAAGCAAGGAGCAAGUAAUGCUGAGAAGUUUGACUAUGUCAUGAACUUCCUACAAAAAAUGGCAGGGAAUGAGUAUGUGGGAUUCAGCAACGCCACAUUCCAGUCCGAGCGUGAAUCAGGAGACAGGAAUUUUGCUAUUGGCUACUACCUGAAGGAAAAGAAGUGUUUCCCUGAGGGGACGGACAUGACCUCUAUUCUGGACUUCUACUUCCAACUGUGCUCCAUCGAGGUGACCUGCGAGAGCGCCAGCGUCUUGGCCGCCACUCUGGCCAAUGGUGGCUUCUGCCCCAUCACAGGCGAGCGCGUGCUCAGCCCCGAGGCCGUGCGCGACACGCUCAGCCUCAUGCACUCCUGUGGCAUGUACGACUUCUCGGGCCAGUUCGCCUUCCAUGUGGGUCUGCCUGCCAAGUCCGGUGUAUCCGGGGGGAUACUGCUGGUGGUGCCCAACGUCAUGGGUGUCAUGUGUUGGUCGCCGCCCCUGGACAAGCUGGGCAACAGUGUGCGGGGCAUCCAGUUCUGCACGGACCUGGUAUCUCUCUUCAACUUCCACAACUAUGACAACCUGCGGCACUUCGCCAAGAAGCUGGAUCCUCGCCGGGAGGGUGGCGACCAGCGGCAGCACACCUUCGGACCGAUGGAUUACGAAAGCCUUCAGCAGGAGCUAGCGCUCAAAGAUACUCUGUGGAAAAAGGUGUCUCCCCAGGAGUGUGAUGAGGACAGCUCCACUACCGUAGUCUAUAGGAUGGAGAGUGCGGUGGACCGCAGCUAAGCAGGGGAGGGGCCGGGCAGGGGCUGAGAAGAGGUAUCCCCCCGUGCGCUAACGCUCGCUAACGCUCGUAACUGACGAAGCUGUUAACUACCACAGUGUUCAUGACUGUACAUAUGCCCUGUUCUGUAAUCCCCCUACACUCCUCUAUUGCUGUAUUAUUUAAUUUUAUUUUUAAUUUCUGUUAUUCCAUGUAUAUGUUGUCUCAUCGAAAAUGGUGUUGUCAUCUUCAGACUGGCAAAGCUCAGUGGGGUAGGGGGAUCUGAAGGAACCAAAGCCAGGUGGGGAAGGGGGGGGGGGGGGUGAAUUGGAGGGGGUCUUGCAGACUCCUAUUGAAAUGACAUUGAGCUUGCCCUUGUCUAGAUUUCUGGGCCGGGGUGAGCGGUGUGUCAUGUGCCCGGUCCUGGUAUGUUGUUGAGCUCUCAGUUCCCUCUGUGACCUUUUAGCUAAUUGGUCACCUCAAGUGGGACCUCGCCCCUGUGAAUGGCCUCUUUGAUUUAUACUGUUAAUCACCUGAAAUUAUUUUUAGGUGUGUCAUUGCCACCCUUUGCAUUCACAUAUUCAUGUAUUUAUAACUGAAAUUUAAUGAUGACCACGAUAAUGAUGAAGAACAUGAUAGCUGCCGGUGCUAAUGCAGUUAUCGUAGACUGGACAAGGUGUCGGCCUUAAACUCAUGAAAACGGGAAGAGUGCUUUGGGCGAGCCGUUUCAGGCCACACUUGGAUACCAUGCGUGUUUUCUAGUGAGCAAGCGGGAGAGAGGAACCUGAGAAGACUCAACAGCAAAGCAGAGCCUAUAUGGGGAUAAGUGAACCUUGUAAGACCUUCUUUGUAUAGGCUGCUGUCAUAGAAUUUCUGCUGCAAAAAACAGUGUUUUCUUAGAGGCCUUAAUGUGUCCAGGUACCAUGCAUAAACUGUACCGUAUCAGUGGACUUAGCUGGAAUCUUCCACUAAUAAAUGUCAGCUUUAAUGACUGUUUAAUAGCAUGUACUUUAUGUUUAUGUGGUAAUUCUUUCUUUUUUGUCUCUAUUUGAGAUUCUGUAAGCUUGAAGAAGCCUGAACUUGUAUUUGAAAAAAGAUUUAAGUUUGUCUUUGACAAUGGUUUCUUUACUGAAUGGUUUUAUUUUGAGGUGCAAUGCAUUCAAAAGCCUUGCGUUAGGUCUGCCCUAAUGGACACCAUAGCUUUAAGCCGAUACCAGAAACAGAACAGCUCAGUGUUCACUGGUUUAGCACCUCCCUUGAUCUGGGGGCUUAGCAAUAGAUUGUCUCAAACCUUCACUCUCACUCCUGAGCCCCUGUAAAUCUAAGUAUCACCUGUAAUGGUAACUUAGGCCUGUAGCUUCAUAAUGCAGCGUAGCAGCGCAGUCCUGCUAAUCGAAGUCCUGUUUGUGUUCAUUCCUUUCUGAGCAGAAAGCUACUGCAUACUUGAACUUGAAGGGGGUCGGUAGCCUUUCAGUGUUCCACAAUGUGAGAAAUGGUUUUUGAAUGCAGUACCGGUGUUUGUUUGGAACACCUGGACACUUUGUGUGUAAAAUGUGUACAAGAAAACCUUUAACACAUACUGCUCCUGUAUGACAACACUGCUUGUCUUUGCUCUGGGUUUAUUUAUCCUUCUUGCAUCCAUUUCUUUUGUACCACCUAAUAAAUUAGUUUUAAAUCCCA